GUUGCCAUGUGAAUGGCACAAGCUCUAUUUAUUCCAGAAAAGACCGAAGCCGGCCAAAAUGUUUGGUUUAAUAAGUUCAGGCAGAUUGCCACAAACAGACUUUGUAGCGGUCGAUGAGAACAAACUGCUGAUCAACGUGCCCGACAUUGAAGCAGUCAAUUAUGUUGUAGUCUUUUUAACUGGCAUCUCGCCCCUUCCACUGGGCACAGCAGCUGCGAUUUACUUCAGCUGGCCCGAUGCAAAUGCAGCGCCCACCUGGCAAUAUCUGGGCCACAUCAAUAACAAUAAACCAUCGGCAAUAUUUAAAAUAGCGCAGCUCAAAAAAGGCCACGAACUGGACGCACAUGGCAAUGGCAUGGUUUUUGGCGCCCAGGAAAUUUCGCAUAUAGCACAAAUAGGCAUUUCCAUUGAGCCCGAGCUAACUGUGGCACAACAAACCCCAGCAGUUUCAAGCGCCAAUGAUAAUAAACAAUUCGGGCAGCGCAUGUUGGAGAACUUCUUCAAUUACGCUUCGAGCUUUUGUGUGAACGUGCCUGAAAUUCCACCCGCCACAACUGAAACAUUUGUGCCUUUCUCUGUGGUGCAAAAUUGGUAUACGAAUUUUCAGCGGCGCAUGGAACAGAAUCCGAAUUAUUGGAAACAGUGUUGAGCGAUUCAUUAAUUGUAUUAUAAGCUGAAAGUGCAUAUUGCAAAGCACAGAGAUGUUAAUAGAUUUAAAAAGCAAGCAUUUUUAUUAAAUUAUUUCAAAUAUAA